AUGACCUGGUUAAUCGUUGCAUAUGGCAUUGCUGCAUCACGCAAAUGGUCAAUCUUGUUUGAAAUAUACACCAAUCCCGACGAAAAUAUGGAAAUGAGGCAGAAGCACCAAUUGCCAUCAGGUGUCACAAACCCAGAGGACCAGAGUGCCACCGAGAACCAGAGUGCUACAGAGAACCAGAGUGCCACCGAGAACCAGAGUGCCAUGGAGAACCAGAGUGAUAAAGAGAACCAGAGUGCCACAGAGAACCAGAGUGCCACAGAGAACCAGAGUGCCACAGAGAACCAGAGUGCCACAGAGAACCAGAGUGCCACAGAGAACCAGAGUGCCAAAGAGAACCAGAGGGCCACAGAGAACCAGGAUGCCACAGAGAACGAGAGUACCACAGAGAACCAGAGUGCCACAGAGAUCCGGAGUGCCACAGAGAACCAGAGUGCCACAGAGAACCAGAGUGCCACAGAGAACCAGAGUGCCGCAGAGAACCAAAGUGCCACAGAGAACCAGAGUGCCACAGAGAACCAGAGUGCCAUAGAGAACCGGAGUGCUAAAGAGAACCAGAGUACCACAGAGAACCAGAGUGCCACAGAGAACCAGAGUGCCACAGAGAACCAGAGUGCCACAGAGAACCAGAGUGCCACAGAGAACCAGAGUGCCAAAGAGAUCCGGAGUGCCACAGAGAACCAGAGUGCCGCAGAGAACCAAAGUGCCACAGAGAACCAGAGUGCCACAGAGAACCAGAGUGCCACAGAGAACAGGAGUGCUAAAGAGAACCAGAGUACCACAGAGAACCAGAGUGCCACAGAGAACCAGAGUGCAACAGAGAACCAGAGUGCCACAGAGAACCAGAGUGCCACAGAGAACCAGAGUGCCAAAGAGAACCAGAGUGCCACAGAGAACCAGAGUGCCAAAGAGAACCAGAGGGCCACAGAGAACCAGGAGUGCCACAGAGAACCGAGAGAGAACCGGAGUGCCACAGAGAACCGGAGUGCCACAGAGAACCAGAGUGCCACAGAGAACCAGAGUGCCAUAGAGAACCAGAGUGCCACAGAGAUCCGGAGUGCCAAAGAGAACCAGAGUGUCACAGAGAACCAGAGUGCCACAGAGAACCAGAGUGUCACAGAGAACCAGAGUGUCACAGAGAACCAGAGUGCCACAGCGAACCAGAGUGCCACAGAGAACCAGAGUGCCACAGUGAACAAAUGGCACAGAGAAACAGAGUGCCACAGAGAACCAGAGUGCCACAGAGAACCGGAGUGCCACAGAGAACCAGAGUGCCACAGAGAACCAGAGUGCCACACAGAAAGAAAGUGCCACAGAGAACCAGAGUGCCACACAGAAAGAAAGUGCCACAGAGAACCAGAGUGCCACCGAGAACCAGAGUGCCAAAGUGCCUCAGUGCCUUCCAUUCCCUCAGUCAUGGGCCCCGGGAGGAACAGUUCACACGUCAGCUUGAACCCGUGCCGAUGGCCCCCUUUGCGAACCGUGUCUCUUUAA